AGCAGCUGGUGUUCCAGUGAAGGAAAGGGUGAAAAUAUCUCAGAACUGGAAGCACGGACGCUGCCAGAGGGAGACAGUCCUGAAAUGGAAAUGCAAUUUGAUGCCCUGGUUGGAGCUGGGUGGCGAGUAUCUUUACCUGUCUCAAGCGGAGAACAUCCAGGCCCACCGGCUCUGUCCAGACGGUACAGGUUUGCAGCGUCACCCUCAGGCUAUCUUCUCUGGCCACCAGGAGGACGUAUGUCGCUUUGUUCUUGUCAACUCCCACAUCGUCAGUGGAGGGGGAGAUGGAAAUAUUGUCCUUCACAAGAUCCAUGGCUCCUACAGCGUCAAGUUUUCUGCACACGAACAGGAGGUGAACUGCGUGGACUUCCAAGGUGGCCUCAUUGUCAGCGGCUCCCGGGACAGAACAGCGAAGGUUUGGUCCCUGUCCGCGGGCAGAGUUGGACAGUGUCUACAUACACUGCAGACAGAGGAUCGAGUGUGGUCCAUUGCUAUCAGCCCAUUGUUAAG